CUUUGCCAAGAAAACCCCAAAUGGGGUCAUGAAGAGUUGGACACAACUGCAAACCAACUGAACUGGAACUGAAGACAAUUCAAGCUGAAUCCACGAUACCCCUGUCUAUUUGUCCCUCAACACAGCCUAGGUUAAGGACUGUAGGAACUGCCUCAGAGAUAGCCUGGAGAAAUGCCGUACCUGGGCUCAGAGGAUGUAGUAAAGGAACUGAAGAAAGCUCUGUGUAACCCCCAUAUUCAAGCUGAUAGACCUCGUUACCGGAAUGUCAUCCAGAGGGUUAUUAGGCAUAUGACUCAGGGUGUGGAUGUGUCCAGUGUCUUCAUGGAAAUGGUGAAAGCCAGUGCUACUGUGGACAUUGUACAGAAGAAGCUAGUGUAUCUGUACAUGUGCACAUAUGCCCCCCUAAAACCAGACCUUGCUCUCCUGGCCAUCAAUACACUAUGCAAGGACUGCUCAGACCCCAACCCCAUGGUCCGAGGAUUGGCACUCAGGAGCAUGUGCAGCCUUAGGAUGCCUGGAGUACAAGAAUAUAUCCAGCAACCUAUUUUGAAUGGCCUUCGGGAUAAAGCUUCCUAUGUCAGGAGGGUGGCAGUUCUUGGCUGUGCAAAAAUGUAUAAUCUCCACGCAGACUCUGAAGUGGAUGGCACCCUGGUGAACGAAUUGUACAGUCUCCUUCGAGACCAGGAUCCCAUUGUAGUGGUGAAUUGCCUGAGAGCUCUGGAGGAGAUCUUGAAGCAUGAGGGAGGCGUUGUUAUCAAUAAACCCAUUGCCCACCACCUCUUAAAUCGAAUGCCAGACCUGGACCAGUGGGGCCAGGCUGAGGUGCUGGGCUUCCUGUUACGCUACCAGCCUCGAAGUGAGGAGGAACUCUUUGCCAUCCUCAAUUUGUUGGACAGUUCUCUUCAGAGCAGCAGCCCAGCUGUGGUGAUGGCAGCCACCAAACUCUUUCUUGUUUUGGCAAAAGAAUUCCCCCACGUGCAAACAGAUGUGCUUGUUAGAGUCAAGGGUCCCUUGUUGACCGCCUGUUCCUCAGAGAGCCGUGAGCUCUGUUUCGCUGCUCUCUGCCACGUGCGACGGAUCCUACGUAGUCUGCCUGGCCACUUCAGUAGCCACUACAAAAAAUUCUUCUGCUCCUACUCAGAACCACACUACAUCAAACUGCAGAAAGUGGAAGUUCUGUGUGAGCUGGUGAAUGAUGAGAAUGUCCAGCAGGUGCUAGAUGAGCUCCGGGAUUACUGUACUGAUGUGUCAGCUGACCUAGCACAGGCUGCCAUCUUUGCCAUAGGUAAAGUGUCUGCUGCUUCUCCCUCCUUUGGGGCCAGAUGGGCAAGCCAGAAAGCUAUGCCCAGAGGAACAUCAGAGACUCAAGGGCAAACUUCAGAGGUAACAAGGCUUUCCAUCAAGAACUGGGCAAAUGACUCACAAAUUGCAGGUGCCAUUGCCAGGACCUACACAGAUCAGUGUGUUCAGAUCCUAACAGAGCUGCUGGUGCUCAGGCAGGAGCACAUAACCUCAGCUGUGGUACAGACUUUCCGAAACCUGGUCUGGCUUUGUCCUCAGUGCAUGGAGGCUGUGUGUCAGGCCCUGCCUGGCUGUGAGGAGAACAUUCAGGAUAGCGAGGGAAAGCAGGCGCUGAUCUGGCUCCUUGGAGUACACGGGGAAACAAUCCCGAAUGCUCCAUAUGUGUUGGAGGACUUUGUGGAAAACGUGAAGGCAGAGACAUUUCCAGCAGUUAAGAUGGAGUUAUUGACAGCACUGCUGCGCCUGUUUCUCUCCCGGCCUGCUGAGUGCCAAGACAUGCUGGGGCGUCUGCUAUAUUACUGCAUAGAGGAGGAAAAGGAUAUGGCAGUAAGGGACCGAGGGCUCUUCUACUAUCGCCUUCUCUUAACUGGCAUUGAUGAGGUGAAGCGAAUCCUAUGUAGCCCCAAAUCUGACCCUUCUCUUGGGCUCCUGGAAGACCAAGCAGAAAGACCUGUAAAUAGCUGGGUCUCUGAGUUCAACACAUUAGUACCAAUGUAUAGCAAAGCAUGCUGGGCAGCCAUCUCUUCACCUCAGGUGUCAGAGCCUCACGGCCCUGAACCUUCUGGAAAUGGAGUCCUUUCUGCAUCAGGAUCCUUAGUUUCAGAGAACAAAGAGGAGCGACAGCCUCUGUGUGACUCUGGAUCUUUCCUCCUGCUCCCUAAUGGCCAACUAACUGCUGAGCAGUUUGAGAAGACUUGGCUGAGCCUGGAAGUGGCCCACCGAGAAGUUUUCCCCUGGCAAGGAGUAGCCCAUCCUGACACCAUCCAGACAGCUCUGCAGAUGGUGAACAUCCAGACCAUCGCCCUGAGCAAGGCUGGUGUUCAGCCCUGGAAGGCCUACUUUAGUGCCCAGGACGGUGCAGGCUGCCUCUUUCUAACAGAACUGCUAUUAGAUCCUGAGCAGUCGCAAGUGCGCCUCUCAGUGAAGCAAAGCCAGGCCAAAGCAGAGGCCCUGAACAGCUUUAUUUCUGUAUUAAAAACUGUGAUUGGGACAAUCGUGGGCAUAAAAUCUUGAUAGAUUCUUGCUGCCUUUUGUAAGGAGGCAUAAAUAAUGAUCCAGGUUUGCCAUUUGUUCUCUGAUUCCUUAAGUUUGAAUAAUAUUAGAGGAAAGGGAAGGGAGAAAUCCAGGAAUCAGGAUUCUUAGGUGGGUUUUAAGGUCAUUCCUUCCAUGGACAGAUGACUUCACAUCUCUACAUUGGUGUUGUGAAGCUUCAUUCAAGAUAGUAAGAGAUUCAGGCAAAGAUGUAGAAGUAAUGAGAAUGUUUUGCUGUUUAGGAUCAUGAAAUCUUAGCACUGGAAGGAUCUUCAUCAUUAUCUCUCCAGUUGCCUCAUGUCAUAGAUGGGAAAGGCCCAGGGGGAGGGUCUGACUGGCCCUAGAGCACAUGUCUAGCAAGUGGCCGAGCCAGGCCUGGAACCCAGGUUCUUGACCUGAUCCAGUUCUUUUUCAUGCUUCAAAGCUGUUCCUUUGCAUCACGUGCCUGAGGCAGGCAGUGCAAGCACACUCUCCCAUCUUGUUGAUGAGCGAUCUUGCUGCUCAGAAAGGUGAAGUCGCCCAUCGGGUUCACACAGUGAGUCAUUAGGCUUUUUGAGCCUUCCACUACACAAAGGAGAGCAUAAAGUCAUUCUGGUGGAGGCUUGAGCAUUGUUUCUAAUUAGACAUGAGGGUCUAUCUAGAUCUAGGCCUUCAUCCUUUCCUUAUAGUAAUGGACAUUGAUCUCCUUGAAGGUAUCUAAGUAUUUAGAUGCUAGUAACUGGUUUUUUUCCCCACUGUGUUUUUCAUUAUCAAAUGAAUUGUAUGGAAAACAUUAGAAAUCCAUCUGGAUCAUGGGUCCCAUAGGUUAAAGGUAUAGAGAUCAGCCCUAGGGCUGCUUCUUUCAUGUUUUGAAUUGCUCAGAAAACAAAAUAAAACAAAAGCCUAAAUGUUAA